AGAGAUUGUGAGUUGAGAAAGUGAUUGUGUGGGCUUUCCUUUUUUCAGUGACGACAGGUUUAGGCAGCGUCUAUGAUGAUUGUGUAUGAGGUGUGCUGAGGGAGUACUGACACGCACACACACACACAGCCAGUACCAGAGAGAACACCCAGCAGAUAAGUGAUUCUCAGUGACUUGGAAAAAUCAUGACAAUCGGCAAAAGCUCCAAGAAGCAAAAGGCUCCUCGAGCUCCUCCUUUUCUAGACCGGGCCAGUGGAUUCUAUGGACGUUUAGAUGAAAUAGAAAUAGAGUUCAGGACAGAGGUACAGAUCACAGAGAAACAACCGGCAGCAAAGCCAGUGUUAGGAGAAAUGAACAGCAAAGAGCUUCCAGAUGAAAAGGAGCACUGUGUGUGUGAUUUCAGCGAGGGCAUGAUGGAGGACGACGGGACCACCCUGCUGAAGAGGAAGCCGAGCCGACUGAGCCGGCGCUGGAGCAGGAAAAGCUCAAGGAGGACCAAGACUGAUAAACCAUCACUGGAGACAGACAUCCAGAGCUCUGAAACUCAGUCGGCUUCAGCUAUUGAGUCGAGCUUGGAUGUGAACUUGGUAACUCAGCCUGACAUAGGAUCGGGCAGCAGCGCUCCAGAACCCACGCUCAUCUACUUCUCCAUACAAGAGGAAGCUGAUGAUCAGAAGCUCAUUCCUGAAGGAAAAGAGAGAGAAAAGAUGAUGACGGAGAAGUCGGGAGAAAGAGAAGUGGAGGAGAAAAAAGAUGUAGACAACAUGAAGAUUGUCAAAAGGAAGUCUCUUAGGAAUUAUCACAAGGUUUUGGAUAAAGCACUCAGACGAGGAUGGGAGACCUUUGUUGCAAACUUGUACAGUGUGACCCUCUCUCCUGUCUCCUCCCCUGUGUCCACACCAAGCAAGUCUGAAAUGGACAGGAAAGCUGCGCUGGCAGACUUUAGAUUAUAAUACACCUUUUAGCACAUGGUUUAAAUAUAGAUUAUACAUUUCAGUUGUUAACUGGCUGAAAAUGUGUUCAUGUAGUAAUUAUUGAAAUAUUAUUUUUGUAAGCUGUAUUUAUAUAUGAUUUAUCUCCACCAGAAUAAUCUUAGUUACUAUAGUGUCUAAAAUGGAUCCUGUUUUAGAUGGUUUGUGAUAAAUAACCUGAAAAUGUAAGAUUAACAUCUUGAAAAUGCCCGUGAGGUCGUAGCUGUGGUGCUUAUAUUAAUUGUAUAACUUGGUUUUGUAUCACAGAACAAAAAUCAUCUCACAAAACACAAUGCAAUCAUUUUUAGGACUUGUUAUGAACUUGUUGUGAAACUGACUGAGCUGGGAACAGUAUAAUGGAGGCAGAGGUCUUUGGUGUAAUUUGUCUUUGCUAGUGGUGAACCUGCCAUGACCACGGGACCAACGCUCCAGCACUGGGAGCUCAUACCUUCUUGGCUUUGAAGUCCAUGACUGAGCCAGCUGACUGAGUUAUUUAUACUGAUCAUAAAACCUUUGUAAGGAGUUAAUGAACUUAUUAUAAAUUAGGACUUCAAAAAAAAGAUACAGUCCUUAUUAAAAAUCUUGUUUAAUUAAAUGUUCAUUUUCUGGGAUAUCUGUUACCCACAAGUAAAUUAACUGAUAAUUUACAUAAUGGACUUUAAAAUAUGUAACACAUUUACUUAAAUAAAGGCAUUAAAACCUUGAAA